CUCACAGGAUCUCAGCCCUGGAGAGAUCAGUCCGGCGAUUUGCAGAAAAAACAGGAGACUUUGUCAUUGUGCAAAGAUAGGAACAAGUUUCGACACACUUGGUGAGGCGUACGAUUUUUACAAUUUAUAUUCGUGGGCGAAAGGAUUCGGUAUUAGGUAAGGGAAGAGCAGGCUAAAUGUGGACCAGACAAAUUGCAUGCAAAAGAUAGUCUGUGGGUGUGCGGGGAGACCGCUUACGUGAGCAAACAUCGCAACUAAAAGACAUGCUGGCAAAAUCUACACACGAACUAUGUUCAAGCAGUUUUGCCAUAUAGUAUAUGAGUGCGGAGCAUACCAGAUGGAAGAGAUCGAGAAAGGAAAAACGUAUAUUACAAUUCAUACCGAGGCAGAGCGGCGGGAGAAGUGGUGAGGAAUUUGAUUGUGAAUGCGGCCAGUUCGCACACAUGCGGAUGCUCUACAGCCAUGUCUUGAAGGCUCUGGACUUUAUUCUUAUUAAGGAAAUACCUUGGAAGCACAUAGUGAAAAGAUGGACUAGAGAUGCCAGACACAUCCUACUCCCUCAUCUGACACAAUAUCAGAAGGACAAUGCUCACAAAAAUUCAUUUAGUUAUAGGCAUUUCAAUAUGUCGAUGCAUGACAUGAAGCUUGGCCGUAUGGGGGACACGAGUGUUGAAGCAUAUACACAUCUAAUUUCUAUGAUCAAGAAUUGUGCUGCUGGAAUGACACCAUUUGCUGAAAUAAUAAGAGACAGUCUUGGAUUAGAGGACAUGAUGGCAGAGAAUGGAGAUGUUGUUAACCAGGUUCAGACACAAGUUGGUAUUCAGUUUGCACCAAACAGAGUGGAUAGUGUUGUUGGCAACGACGAAACAACUCGGCUAACGAGUCUGGUAAUAGGCUGUCAGGAUUAUUACCUCUGGCUAAGAGGAAGGACAUGGGAAGGCCUACGACAAGCAGAGAGAAGGCGUUUUAUGAAGGUUUGAGUAAGAGGACAAGAUUUUGCACGAUUUUUCGGCGGCAAGGCCACAAAUGUACAACUUUGCCCUGAUCGCGGGGAUGUCCCAAAGCAGGUGAGGAAACCUGCACGAUGCAAAAGUUGUGGGGUGGACAAAGCAGCAGAACUCAGACUGAAUAAAUUACAAACUUAGAUUGUUUCAGCAUGACAUAUUUCUGUCAUGGCCGGUGACUCAUGCCAGAGCAAGCACAGGGGACUGGAGUGCUAAUGUGACAUUGGGAGCGUCAGUGUGUGUGGGCACAGCCGGUCCUUGUGCGUGUGAGUGUCGGGCGCUGGUGUGGUGUACGUGAGGCCCUGGUUAGGAGUCGUGUGUGGUUU